AUGCAACAACUCGAAGAGGAAGUAGACAAUCAAUUCCUCUUGAUUCAAGGUCUUUCACACGAAGUUUGGUUUGAACACAUUCUUCCCUUCCUUUCCUCCUCUUCACUUCUCUCCAGUAGACUAAUCAACCGAAACUUUUCCUCCCUAAUCCUCUCCUACAUUAUCAAAUUCAAGAGUGAAUUCAAAAUCCAAGUUGGUUAUCCGAAUGUUUUGUUAGCAAAAAUCGUUCAAUCCCUCCUCACAAAAUUACAAAAUUUAAAAACCAUCACCUAUGAAGAUUACAAUCUCUUGGAGGAUUUUUGUUUGACUGAUCAGGGACUUUCCGAAUUACAUCCUCUACAAUAUGUGGAAAAUGUUGAUUUUGCAAGUUUGGGUGUCAGAUCAAGUGAUGGAUUGUUUAUUAAAGAGUGGAUCGAUAGAGAGAGUCCAAUAUUGCAGUCACUCAGGAGAUUAUCUGUGAAUUAUGUGAUAGAUGAUGUAUGUGUGCUGUUAGAUAAUUUUGAAAAUUUGAAAUCGCUCAGGAUUGUAUCAGGUUGUGUGAAAAUUAAAUUACCUAGCCAAUUAGAAGAGUUGGAAAUAGUUGGGGGAAUUGAAAUAGACACCUUACAUCAAAUAGUUCAACAAUGUCCAAAUUUGAAAAGAUUAUGUGUUAAUUUAUUCUCAGAAUUUAUUACAGAACUUAGGGAUGAUUUGAAGCCACUGAAAAAUUUGACUUGUCUAAGAAUUGAUGUUGAUGAUGUUGUGGUUUACAGAUAUGAUGCAAACUUUUUUGAAUCAUUGAAAAGUUUUGAAAAUUUGACAGAAUUGCAAGUUCCGUGGCCUAUUUCAGAUACGAAUUCAAUUCCGUACAAGAAUUUGAACCAUUUAGGUCAACUAUCACAACUAACAUCUCUCAAAUUCAAAACUGUGCUUCGUUAUAGAGAUAUUUUCCCAAAAUCAAUUGGAAAGGUUGUGGAAACAAUUAGCUCUCUUCAUUCUUUAACUAGUCUUUUUCUAGAUUUUUCAGCUAUUGAUGUAAAAGUUAAUUUUAGUCACGAAUUUUUCGACAAUAUUCCAAAAUUGCAUAAUCUUGAAGAGUUUACUUAUGCUGAUGAAGGUGGUUUUUCUGACAUUUUUAAUCAUUUUUGUGUUACUACUUUGAAACAUUUGAGUUUCAAGUCGGUUGGCCUAACUAUCCAAACCGAUCAAUAUUAUCCUAAUCUUGAAUGUAUUCAAAUGGUAACCAAUGAAAUCGAAGAGGAUGAUUUAAAUCAUUUCAAAAUGAUUCAACAAGUUAAUCUUUCAAAGGUUAAAAUAUUGAAAAUUGGUUCAGUCAACUUGGAAACUUUGGAAUUAAUAUCACAAAUGACAAACCUGGAGGAAUUAUCAAUAGUGAAAAUGAGAAACAUUUCUUCUUUCAAAACUGUUAAGCUUCCAAAAUUAUUGAGAUACUUGGUAUUAGAGGAAUGCCACUAUUUAACAGGAAACGAAGAAGAUUUCUUUGAAAGCUUUAUUGAAUCAUGUCCAUUGCUGGAAAAAGUCGAAUUUUGUACAGUUCCUUUAUUGCAAGACUCGUUUGUUAAAAAGAUUUGUGCUUGGAUUGAAAAUGGUGCUGACCAUAAGAAGCUCUUCUUCUGGAAAUGUGCCAGUUUGACAAAUGACAUGAUUUACUCAUUCAAAGAUAUCACCAAAUGCAAAUUUGUAAUCUUUCAAGAAUGCCCCCAAAUUCACUAUACAAGAGAAAUUUCUGAGAUUUUGACAAACCAUGAAUUUAUUCAAAUAUUUGGAGGAUUCAACAGUAAUUCCCUUGACACCACAAAUACUUCCAACUAUGUAAUCAAUGAUCUGAAUGUUAUUAAUUCACUCGAAACAUUCGAAACAGUUAUUAGAAACUCACUUGAUUUGAAACAGCAUCAAAAAGCAUUCUUUCAAAUGCUUACCAAUAUGUUUGAAGGGUGCAUCUCAGAAAAUACUAAAGAUGAGAAACCAUUAUAUAGGGAACUGCAGAAAUCAGAGUUUGAAACUCAAUGGUUUUUCUACUAUUCAUUUGUGAUGUGUGCAGCUUUUGCUGAUAGAACAAUUGAUCAUUGCUUUAGGAAAGCUAUGGAAUUGGUUUUUACAGAAUCGAACGAGAAGUUAAUUAAUACUCAAGAAAAGAAGAAGCUACUAAUUGAUUUAUUAGAAGAUUUGGAAGAUCAACUUGAAGAGGAUACAUUGAAAUUUGUUAUUGAGAAACUAUUGGAAAAUAGAUAUUUCGAUAAGACACUGAGUGUAGGAAUUGAAAGUCAUGAAUGGCAUGAAAAAUUGGUUGAUUCAAUGAGUGAGGAGGAUAUAUUCCAAUUGCCAUAUUUACACAAUCUUCUCAAUUUAAAUACUGAUCUCCUUGGAAGGAUUGUUAAAAAGAGUCAAUUAUUCAAAAAUUGUGCAUCAUUCAUCCAGAAAUUACAAGAUACUUCUAUUGGACCAAUUUCUGACCCCGAGAGUUUAGAUAUUAGAGAUAGAGUUCCUGAAAGAUUUAAAAACGCCUUCCUCACUGAAGUUAUGGUUCCAAUGGGGAAGACUGAAUGGGAUGAAGAACAAUCAGGGGAGUCCCUUCCGUUUGAGGCAUUUGGUUACAGAUGGGUUCUUAAACUGUCAGAAGAAGGUGGUUGGUUGUCAAUUUAUUUGAGUCUUGCAUCACCUAUUCCAAUUUCUAAUGGAUCUGAAACAUCUGAAUAUGAAACACUCACUGGAAAUGAUGGAAGUUCAAUUGAAAUUUCAUUCAUGUUAUUGAACUUUGAUAACAACCCACAUACGUACUUUAGUGGAAGAAAUAUCUUGAGUCAAUCUGAAAGGGACUACUAUCUCUCUAUUAGAUCAAAUUUGGUUCAGAAGUUUUCAGAGGAUAGUUACAAAUUUCUCAUUGGUAUGAAUGCCAUUUCUAUUAAGGAGAAAAUACCUUGCCCGUUCCUAUCUUCCAAAUAUUCAAUUCACAGGAUUUCAUUCCAUGUUCCACUCGAAUUGAAAAAUUAUUAUUACAAUGAAAUUAAGGUAUACUCUGAUCCCAUAACUACAUUAGGAACUAAAUGGACUGUAAAAUUGGAAAAGAAAUUAGAUAGUGGAAUUUUUGGAUUAUACUUAAUGUUGUCAUCUUUCGAUUUGUAUGAUGAAAAAUCUGCUCUCAGCAAGUGUCGUGUUUUCUUUCAUUUUGCCAAUAAGAAUCUUCAUCCUGACUCGACUCACUCUUAUAGAAAAACAUUCUCUGAUACUAGUUCAUCGGUUGGAGGACAAAUUGUCAAACAUCGAGAGUUAUUCAAACCAAUGAUUAUCAAUGGAGAAAGAUUUGAAACAUAUGACAUUUCACUCAUUAUGGAAAUCAAGUCAAUUUUUUAA